AUGUCAGAUUUUAUUCAAUGGACAUAUGAAAAUCGAUAUUAAAUCUCUAUUGAUUUAGCAGCUGGUUCUAUUAGUGGAAUGUAAUAUUCAUUUUUUUUUAAAUCAUUAGAGCAAAUUGUAUUUCAAGUCAUCCAUUAGACACAGUUAAAGUUAGAAUGCAAAUGUCAGAAGAUGGAGUUCUAACAACAUUACGAAAAAUCAUAAAAAAUGAAGGAUUUAAAGGUUUCUAUAAAGGAAUGUCAUUUCCAAUACUCUCUAUACCAAUAACUAAUGCAGUUGUAUUUUCAGUUUAUGAAUUCUGGAGAAAAUUUUUUAUUGGAAAUUCAAAUAAAUAACUUACAUAUUUCCAAACGUAUUAAUGUUAUAAGAAUUUUAGUGCAUUUUGUGGAACCAUAGCAGGAAGUUCAGCUGCUUUAUUCUCAUGUCCAAUUGAAUUAACAAAAUGUAAAUUAUAAAUGCAAGAGACUGAAAAAAUUUACAAAAACCCUUUUGAUUGUGUUCUUUAAGUAUUUCUUAUACAAAAAUAAUAGAUUUACAAAAAAGAAGGGUUUAAAUAUAUUUUUAGAGGAAUGCAUGCUACUUAAUAAAGAGAAAUUCUUGGCUACUCAGCUUAAUUUGCAGUUUAUGAAUUCAUUAAAGAUAUACUAUGUGAUUUAUCAUAGAAAGCAGAACCUUCAACAGCAAAUCUAUUGAUAUCAGGAGGUUUAGCAGGUGUUUCAUGUUGGACAAUAGGAUAUCCUUAAGAUGUAAAAUAAAAUAAUUAAAAUCAAGACAAUUAAAACUAUUCUUUAAUGUUAAACUGGCAAAAAUCCAGGGGUUUAUAAGGUUAGAUGUUAUGAUGGAGGAUUUUUUGAUUGUUUGAUGCAAAAAAUAUUUACUGAAGGUUUCGGUUCUGUUUGGAAAGGAUAUUCAGUUUGUGUCUUUCGGGCAUUUUACGCUAAUGCUAUCGGAUUUUAUGCGUAUGAAUUGGCCAAAGAAUAACUUACUUCAUUAUAUUAGUUUUGA